ACGUACGUCAGGAACGUAAGUUUUCAUUGGCGUUUCAGAACGUUUGCGCAGCACACAACAAGUCGACCGCGAGCACCACCAGGCAAGGACUUUCGUCAGAACAGAUUCUCAGGCAGCGGUGUUGAUAAUGGCAGUGGACUGGGCUGGAUAUGGAUACGCAGCACUAGUAGCAUCUGGAGGAGUCAUAGGAUACGUCAAAGCAGGCAGUGUCCCGUCCCUGGCAGCAGGGCUGCUCUUUGGUGGUUUGGCUGGUUUUGGUGCUUACCAGACAUCACAAGAUCCCAAAAAUAUUUUCCCUCUCUUAGCUGCAUCUGGGACACUUGCUGCUAUCAUGGGCAAGAGAUUCUAUAACUCACGCAAAAUCAUUCCUGCUGGUCUUAUUGCUGGAGCUAGUGUGCUGAUGCUGGCAAAACUCGGAGCCGGAAUGCUACAGAAACCUCAGCAAUCAUGAUACCCAAACAGAAAUCACUGUCUGCUUUCAUUCAAACAUAAUUGUCUUUGAACAACAUGUCAUUAAAGCUCAUUGUCAUAUUUUGUAUAAA